CCGGGGGGCCCCAGCGCCGGAUGCAAGAAGUCCGGCGGACCUCCGAGUGUUUUAUGUUUGUGCCACUUUCUGUUUUUUGGGUUCCCCUACCUGGGGGGCGAGGAGCGCCCCCGACCGCCGCCCGCAGACGCCGCGGUGGCCGCGAUGGGCGCGGCCGCGGCCCUGCCGCCCACAGGCCUGCCGCCCGCGGGCGGCUCGCCGGGCAGCCGGGGCUCGGCGGCCUCGCCUGCCGCCUCCGCGAGGUCCAAGCUCGAGAUGCCCCGGGUGCUGACGGUACCCGCGAUGGUGGGCCUCAUCUUCUUCGAGGUUUGCGGCGGCCCCUACGGCAUCGAGCCCGUCGUCCGCAAGGGGGGGGACCCCUUCCUGGCGCUGGUAGGGCUGGUCGUGCUGCCAGUGCUGUGGUCCGCCCCGAUCGCGCUGAUGACGGCCGAGAUGUGCUCCGCCUUCCCGCACGUGGGGGGGAAGAUCUAUAUUUUGUGAAUGAGAUGUUUGGUCCGUACGUGGGGUGGCUCCACGGCGCCUUCAACGCAGUGAGUAACGUGUUCGACGUCGCGACGCUGCCAGCGAUGGCGCUGGCCUACAUCAAGCAGCUCGGCUUCUCCUUCGCGGACGAGGCCGCAGCCCUCAUACCGUGUCUGAUGAUUUUGGCUGCGUGUCUGCUGAACAUCCGUGGUAUCGAAUUCGUAGGGGCCGCGUCAUUUGCAUUCACCCUCAUAGUAUGCAGUCCAUUCGCCGUCCUCGCUCUCUGGGGGGCUAGGGGCCUGCCAGGCUUGGUGGAGGAGCGAUUUCACACAGGGACGCUGUCGCCCUUGAAAUUCUUGUCCUGCCUGUUAUGGAACAUGUCUGGGUACGACGACGCUGGCUCCACCGCCGCCGAGAUCGUGAAUCCACGGAAGGUGUACCCAAUCUCUUUGGCCAUCGCUAUGUCCAUCAUUACUUCCUGUUACGUGGUGCCCGUCCUGGUAGGCCUCACAGUGCUGCCCUCCACGGACGAUUGGCACGACGGGUCGUUUGUCUUGAUCUCCACCCGCGUGGGAGGCAGCGCCCUCGGCGCCGCUGUCGCUUCUUUUGGGGCGCUGUCAUCCCUUGGUCAGCUGAACGCUCUGCUCUGCUCCUCCGUGCGAGAGAUCGUGUGCAUGGCCGACUUGCCCCGCCAGCCCGUGCCCCGGUGCUUGGGGUCCCUGCACCCCAGGUACCUGACGCCCCACGUGUGCACCGUGGCCUUCAGCUGCCUGCUCUUCCUCCUCGUCGGGGUCGAGUUCACCGACUUGAUCGCCGCCUCAAUGUUCUUCGACUGCUUCUCCUUCGUGGUCCAGUUCGCCGCCUGGGUGCGGCACCGCUCCACCUCGCACGAGGGCUACGCCCGCGUGGAAGACGACAGCGUCUACCGCGCUCCCUGCGGGCUCGCUGGGGUCGUUGUGAUCAGCGCCUUCCCGGUGGCCCUCUGCGUCGCAGCCGUGUCGCUCACCUUCCGGGACCAGGGCCUCCGCGGGCUCGCGGGCUUCGGGGGCACCUUCGCGGUGAGCACCUUGCUGUACUCGCUGCAGCAGGCGCGGGGGUCCUGACCCCGAGGCGGCUGGAGCGCCGAGCGGCCGUGCAGCGCCGGGGCACGACGUGAGGAGGAGGAGGAGGAGGAGGGAGGAGGAGGAAGAGGAGGACGAGGAAGAGGAGGACCUAGCAAGAGCCACCGGCCGAACAGCACGAUGCGUGAGGAGGAGCUGGCAAGAGCCAUCGGCCGACAGCACUCGGCUGCCGCAGCUUGCCGAUCUGCUGCGGCAGUCUGCAGAGCGGAGUCUCCCCUUGGUGGCGUCUGGCAUGAGCAUCCGGAGCCUGCCCUCGGUGGCCUCUUCGGCGGAGGCUUCAGGAGCCUAGUGGCGCACCGCCGGCGUACGAUGCCGAGCUCCAGGUGGCUUAUGUAGGGCAGCAGCUCGUUUGUAGCCCCUUCCGUAGAAUAGUAUCAGCAGAAGCAGGCCCGACUGCCGUCGGCACAAACAG